AUGGAUGGAUGGGGGCAAUUGAAUACAAUAUCUCCUAGUUCAUUUUAUGGAAAGAAGAAAGGUAGACUACCACCUCCUCCUCAAGUCUCAGAUGGAUCAGACGAUUCCGACGAUGAUGAACAUAUUUCCCCGAAUCAAAACAAAACAGGAAACCAAACUUUGGAUUACGACGAAUCGGAUGAAGAUGAUGACGACAACAUGACUCUGCAACAGAUACAGAGGAAGAUAUUAGGUACCAAAGGUCAACAACCUUCAGAUACAGCGUUGCAGAUACAACGUCUAAAAAGUAUUGACAAACAAAAAACCAAAUUCGAUUACAUAGAAAAUGACAUUUCAACUGUCAAUAAACUGGAUAUUCUGGGUUUGCUUCCUGAACCGUCUUUAGAACAAGAAGGAAAAAAGUUAAUAACAAAAUUUUCAGGGAAUUGA